AUGCCGCAGGCUGCACGAUGGGCGGGCACACCCUCUAUCAAGGGACGGUCGGAGGCAACGCGCAUGGCGCUGUUGACGUUUAGUCUUGUUGGAUUACAGUUUACUUGGGGUACUGAGAUGACUUAUUGUACACCCUACCUUCUCCAACUCGGCUUAACGAAAUCGAAAACUUCGCUCGUGUGGAUUGCUGGGCCCUUAUCUGGUCUGAUUAUCCAGCCCUUGAUUGGCGUCAUUGCUGAUCGAUCACGGUCAAAAUGGGGUCGAAGGAGACCAUUUAUGAUUUUUGGUUCUUUUGUUGUGGGCUUUUGUCUGGUUGUGCUGGGAUGGACGGCUGAGAUUGUUAGCAUGUUCGUCAAGGACCCUGAGAAGGCUAAGAAUGUCACGAUUGCGCUGGCAGUUUCCAGUAUCUAUGCUGUCGAUUUCUCGAUCAAUGUUGUGCAAGCCUGCUGUCGCAGUCUGAUCGUGGACACAUUGCCAAUAACUCAGCAGCAAUCUGGAUCUGCUUGGGCUGGUAGAAUGUGUGCUAUCGGUCAGUUGAUUAGUUAUGCUGUUGGCUCGAUCGACACCGUCAGUAUCUUUGGUAGCCUUUUUGGCGACACGCAAUUCAAGCAAAUGACAGUCAUCGCGGCAAUUUCUCUAAUUGCUGCAGUAUCAGUCACUUCAUACAGCGUGAAAGAGCGAGUUUUGAUCUCGGCGAGGGACUCUGAUGGCCACGCAGGUGCGAUUCAAGUCAUCACACAGCUGUACAAAACCACCAUGGAGCUACCGCCGCGCAUCCAGGCAAUUUGCUGGGCGCAGUUCUGGGCAUGGAUCGGCUGGUUCCCGUUCCUCUUCUACAGUACAACCUGGGUGAGUGAGACCUACUUCAGAUACGAAGUACCAAAAGACCAAGCAACAAAAUCAACCGACAUGCUAGGCGAAGUAGGCCGCGUGGGCAGUCUAUCGCUAGUAGUAUUUUCUUCCAUAACAUUCUUCAGCUCCGUGCUCCUCCCCUUUUGCGUGCAAACCCCCGACACAAAGCGAACACGUUUCACGCCCCGCCCACCACGCGGCAUGGCCAGCAUAGCCAGAAUCCAAAAGAAACUCGAAUCCGUCCGCCCAGACCUUCACACAGCAUGGUUCAUAGCGCAGAUUAUGUUCGCAGCAACAAUGGUCUUCGCACCACUCGCUCACUCGCGCGCUUUCGCAACGUCCCUCGUUGCUAUCUGCGGUAUACCAUGGGCAAUAAGCGGCUGGGCACCCUUCGCUUUCAUGGGCGUAGAAAUCAACAAACUAACCAUGAUCAACGCGGCCAGCAAUGGCGUCGGCAUACCCGCUUCAUCAACGAGGUCCGGGGUAACAAUGAUCACGUCAGCUAGCAUGCGCAAUAGUAGCAGCGUUGCGGCUGAUUCGGAACUAGAGGUUCUACGGCUUCACCACCGUGACUCCGACAGCGAUACGGACGAAGAGGCCCAGGCCUCAAACAUCCCAUCUACGGGUGAACUAGCAGGUAUCUACCUCGGUGUGCUGAACGUAUACACAACUCUUCCGCAGUUUGUCGGCACGUUCAUUAGCUGGAUUGUCUUCAGCAUUCUUGAGCCUGGUGCUCAGCCGGCUAAAGAGGGUGGAGAGCCGUCGGAUACGCAGUGGAUGAAUCUUGAUAAAGACAAGCCUAAUGCUAUCGCUGUUUGUCUGUUCAUCGGUGCUAUCAGUGCACUUGUUGCGGCUGAGGCAACGAGGCGGCUUAAGUAUGUUCCGUGA